AUGGCAGAGGUUGCGCCGCCUCGACCAGUUCGAGGAGGAACAGGUGUAGAAAGGGCCGGUGCAGGCGUAAGUCUUUCGCUGGCAGAGGCUAGCGAGGCUGCUACGGCGCCUGCGCCAGUGCCCUUUGCUCCAGGUAUGCCUGCGCCUGCGCCCACGCCCAUCGCUGCCCCUCAAACCUCGAACAAUAAUCAACACCACGCCACUGUCUUUUUGUCGCCGACCAUUCGCAUCACCAAUUAUGACUCCGGAGGCGCGACAAAGGACACCCCACCUUCAAAUACGAGUACCGUUCGCGACUCGACCCAUGAAUAUAUUUCAGGCCUGAAAUCAACGCCGUCGGCCAGUAUGAGUCCUGUCCUUGGCUCACCGGAGGGCCAGCCUGCCAAUGCUGAGCAGGGCCUGGUGCUGGACCCAAUCUCACGGUGCUCACCAGACGCAAAGCAAAUUCUAGAGCGAACUCAAGCCUCGAACAAGCUCCCUCCAAGCCAGCAAAGCGGUGUACCUUCAAAGUCCACUUAUGCGGAGCCCGGCCUAUCCGAAGAUCUAUACUCGGGCAGAAUGUCUUCCGACCCGGCGCCCUUACGAAGAGUCGAUAGCGGUGCUAGUAACAAGUUGACCAAGGACAAGAAGUGA